UGCUGAGUAAUAUGGUCAAUUGUUGAGUUAUAUAGUCAGUAAUCAAGAAACGUAUGUAUACUGACUUUUACUGAUUAAUACUAGGGACUGUAUCCUUAAACGAGAGUAUUUCUAAAACGUUUCUUCCUCUAUCUCGAGAAACAACAUUGAAUACUGUGUUUAGCGCUUUUCUCUUUCUCUUAACCCCUCUGAUCAGCUGACAAUCUAUCAAAAGUAUGAUUAUUCUCAGCGAACUAGAGGACUUAAAAACUAAAGAUCGUAUUCUAAAAUGACCGUAUGUUAUUGUUUAGGACCGAAAAUUAUUCAUUUCUAAAACGUUGGUCUUUGAUGACUGGAUGAAGGAAAGUCCCUAUGGCUGUCUUGAUUUGAUUCUUUUGUGGCACGGAUAUGACUCAGUUGUUGCGGUAAAUAUGUCAGUCAAUCGAUCUCUCAUUGCAACAUUUAGAAACUAGUAGGACCGCAUAGUAAGCUGAUAUGCUGGAAUAAGAUACACUAGAAUUUCCAGUGAUACAUAAAAUUUCAGGUUGAACAUCUGGAAAAAAAAAAAAAAAGUGUAACCUGAAUAUGUUGGGAUACAGAGAUACACGAAUUUUUUCUAGUGAUACGUAAAUUGUCAAGCCAUAUUAUAGCUAUCCGGAAAGAUGCAUGAUCUCGGGCAACGAAAAUAUGUUUUGUUACGGUUUAUAUAUGUGAAAAAAAAGUCCAAUAAUUUCCUGAUGCGCAUGUUUUCACACACUGCGCUUUGUUGAAAUUAUUGAAUAUGGAAGUGAAGUUUAUAUAUGUGAAAAAAAAGUCCAGUAAUUUCCUGAUGCGCAUGUUUUCACACACUGCGCUUUGUUGAAAUUAUUGAAUAUGGAAGUGAAGUUUGCAGGUACUACUUUAUGUCGCGGAGCAAUGAAGGAACUUUUUUUUUCUUACGUAACCAGUCUAGUAAAACGUCUAAAUGCAGCAAAGUCAUCUAGUGAACAAUGCACUGUACAUCAUUGGCUUAGUAAUAUUAAUCUACGAACACAUGACGGAAGAAAAUACAGAAAGAAAUAUAUAAACGCACUUUCGAGUUGUUUCAUUGUCCUUCUCGACUCUGCUUCACUUAGCGUCUCGAAACCGUGAUGCUCAGUAGCGAGUCUUGCGGUGAGGAAAGUGGAUACUCUCUCUCUCUCUCUCUCUCUCUCUCUCUGUACUGAAUAGAGUCUCCCAUAACCACCACCGUUUCCAGCCUACACAUUUUCCAGCCUCAGACCGCGGAUAAUUGACGCCAGGCCUGGUGUUGACGUACUGUUCCUGGCGCUGCGCAUUCUGACGAGCCUUUGAGGUCAGACGUACGACAGAUGCAGCUGGUCUUGCGCUACUGACGACCUAACAAUGUAGCCUGCCUAGGUGAUGGCGAGGCGGCGAGGGAGGGACGCGUGACGGAGGGGUACACCACCUCACCUUUCCUCGCGCUGUCUUACCUUGAGCCAGCGCCGUGUUGGGCAGGCCGCGCCCGAUACAGGUGACCACCCCGCCCGCCACCACCACCUCCACGCCCACGCAGCCGCCCGCCACCACCAGCACCCACCCCACGUCCUGCAGGCAAAGAGGAGGAGGAGGAGGAGGAAGAGGAAGAGGAAGAAGAAGAAGAGGAGGAGGACGAGAUAAUGAUGGAUUUAUGCUGAAUUUUUCCAAAGAGGAGGUAUAAAGAAGAAGAAGAAGAAGAAGAAGAAGAAGAAGAAGAAAAAGAUAAAAAAGAAAAGGAAGAAGGCGAAGACGAAGAAAGAAGAGAAGUAAAAAAAUGUCAAGGUAGGAGAAAUUUUUCAGAGGAGAAGGAAAGGAAGGAGGAGAAAGAACAACAACAAAACAACGAGGAAGAAAAAUAUCAACGUGUCUUCUUGGACAGGAUGAAAACUGCAGGAGAGAAUGGUGAUGACCUUUCGGGUCUCAGAACUACAGAUGCUCCUUGGUUAUGCUGGCAAGAACAAGACAGGUCGCAAGAAUGAACUUCAGAGCCGUGCUAUGGACAUAGUGAGGUUACGCAACCCAGCCAUACAAGCCAAGAUCAAAGAACUGUACAAGAGCAUCCAACUAGAGAUGAUGUCGUUUGGUGACAGGUCGCAAGCAGCAGCAGGAGGACCAGCAGGCAUCCUCCCAGCACAGAAAGUCCCCCUGGGCCUCAACUCCAUAGCAAGCUACACACAGCCCGCCAGUGUUGGAGGCAUUGGUGGAGUCACAUCCACACUGGCUUCCUCUAGAUACUCCACCAACUCCCAGGUAGUGGCCUCGGGGAUCUCCUCCGCUGGGGGAUACUCCUCCAUCUCUGCCAACAGUCACAACUCCACAUACCCAAUCAACCCCGAUGUCAAGCUAAAGAAGCUGCCCUUCUAUGACAUCCUCGGGGAACUCCUCAAGCCAUCGUCCCUAGGUGGGCCAUCACCACAGAAUUCUGGCCGCUACCAGGAGUCCACCUUUGCUUUCUCUCUCACUCCACAUCAGGCCAACAAAAUAGCCAACUCUCGGGACCUGCGGCCCGGCAAGCAGGACUACACAGUGCAGGUCCAAAUGAGGUUUUGUUUGCUAGAGACAACCUGCGAGCAAGAGGACAACUUCCCGCCCAAUAUUGCAGUAAAAAUAAAUGACAAAAUGUGUCCAUUACCAACUCCAAUCCCCACCAACAAACCCGGAGUGGAGCCCAAAAGACCGUCCAGACCUGUCAACGUCACAGCACUCUGUCGCAUCUCACCCACAGUCACCAACAGAAUACAAGUGUCUUGGGCGUCAGAGUACGGUAGAUGCUACGUUAUAUCUGUGUACCUGGUGCAGAAGCUUAACUCAGAUGACCUACUGCAGAGGUUAAAAAACAGAGGGGCCAAGAUUGCAGACUUCACCAGAUCUCUCAUCAAACAGAAGCUUCAAGAGGAUGCGGAUUGUGAGAUUGCCACCACCUCCCUACGGUGCUCCCUCAUGUGUCCGCUGGGCAAGAUGCGCAUGAUGCUCCCGUGCCGCGCCAGUACGUGCGAUCACCUGCAGUGUUUUGAUGCAUCGCUGUACCUUCAGAUGAAUGAACGCAAGCCCACGUGGACCUGUCCUGUUUGUGAUAAGACUGCUCUCUAUGAUUGUUUGGUUAUUGACGGGUACUUCCAGGAGGUGCUGCAACAAAAUUCAAGCUGCAAUGAGGUAACGCUGCACAAGGAUGGCAGCUGGACGCCUCUCAUGCCCAAGAAGGAGCAGAAGGAGCCUGAAGUGGAGAAACGCAAGCCUGAGGUGGCGGUGGAGACGCUGAGUGAUGACAGUGAUGACUACUCCACAGAGCAGGAUGACGGAUGUGAACUUGCUGUUGACCCUCAAAUCAAUGAUGACCAUCUGCUGCCAUCAGCAAGCAUUACGGGUGCAAGCUCUGCUUCAAAUAACAGGAAGUCUUCUUCUAGUAGUGACUCAUCCUCUAGUAGUGAUUCGUCCUCUAGUAGUGACUCGUCUUCUAGCAGUGAAUCAUCUUCUAGCAGUGACUCAGAAACUGAAGAUAUUGACACAGAUGAUUCCGUGAAAGAUAAGGACUAUAUCCCAAGCAAAGAGGAAGAAGAGAGUUUUAACCUUGAAGAGAAGGACGCAGUUGAUAAAAUUCCUGUACUAGUUAGUCCGCAAAAGGGACGUAAAUGUAAACAGCACCUGAGUCAAUGGAAGAAACAUAAAGCGAAAAAAUUAGGGAACUCUGGAAAGGCUUAUAUAAGCAAAAAUAAGAAAAUAAGACCAGAAAGGAAAAUGAAACUGCCAUGUGGAAAUAAAUGUCGAAUUAAAUGUUCAGAACAGAUAAAUGAAGAAGAAAGGCAAAAACUCUUUGACUCUUAUUGGGCAUUAGGAGACAUUGCUCAACAGUGGCAGUUCAUUUCAAACUGCAUUAAAACUGUUAGACCUAAAUACAGGUAUGUUCGUGAGGGAGGCAACCGUCAACCUAGGAACAAUAACAGUUCCUUUCACUUCAUGGUUGGUCAGAAUGAAAUUCGUGUUUGCAAACUUUUUUUCAAGAACACACUUAAUAUCAAUGACCGGCCAAUAAGAACAGCUUUAGCAAAGCAAAGCAGAGUUGCUAAUGUUCUUGUGGAACCUGAUAAGAGAGGCCAACAUGGUAAUCAAGUAACUGUUGAUCCUGAAAUUAGGAAAGGCGUCAAGGCACAUAUUGAGUCUAUCCCUCAGAUAGAGAGUCACUAUACGAGAGCUAUAUCAAGUAGGACAUUCAUAUGUGGCUCUAAAACAGUUGCAGAAAUUCACCGCGAUUAUGUUGAGAAGUCCAAACAACAAAAGGUACCUUAUGCCAAUUACACUCUGUUUUAUCGCAUUUUUACCACAGAGUAUAAUAUUUCUUUUUUUGUUCCUAAAAAGGACCAAUGCGAUGUUUGUUCAUCUUAUCAUAAUGUCGAGAAUGAAGAGAAAGAGCACCUUCAAGGAAGCUAUGAAAAUCACCACAAAGAAAAAGACAUGUCAAGAAAUGAAAAACAUAAAGAUAAAACUGAGAGUGAUGCAGUUGUUGCUGUUUAUGACCUUCAGGCUGUAAUGCAGAUACCAAAAGGGGACAUUUCAGUUUUUUAUUACAAGUCAAAGCUGAUUGUUUUAAAUUUUACUAUUUACAAUGCUAAAACAAACUCAUGUAAUUGCUAUGUCUGGAAUGAAACUAAUGGCCAACGUGGGGUUAAUGAAAUUGGGACCUGUGUUCUCGAUUACAUUAAAACCUUGUGUGAGGCAGGAAAAACUGACAUAAUUUUUUACUUAGAUAACUGUUCUGGCCAACAGAAAAAUAAGUUCAUGAUGGCACUUUACCUUUAUGCAGUAAACAACUUACCAAAUAUAACUUCAAUAACACACAAGUUUCUAAUAAAAGGGCAUACCCAAAAUGAGGGUGACUCUGCCCAUUCCCUAAUUGAAAGAGAAGUAAAGAGAAUUUUAAAAAGUGGACCCAUUUAUGUGCCGGAAACUUACGUAACGGCAAUUCGAACUGCUAGAAAGAAAGGACAGCCUUUCGUAGUAAAAGAGCUUUGUUACAAAGAUUUCUUGAACAUUAAGUCUCUAGCUACUGAAAUGGGACCUAUCAAUUGCAAGACUCUUCAACUCUCUGAUGUUAAAGUAAUGAAAUUUGAAAAGCAGUCACCACUGUCAGUUUUUUGUAAACAUUCCUAUGGUUCAGACUAUAAGGAGCUUAAAAUUUUGAAAAACUCAAAUAAAGCCAUCUCCAUUAAUGACUUAUUGCCAUGUUACUCCAGCAAACUUACAUUGCCUGCUAACAAGAAAAAAGACUUGAUGGACCUUUGUAAUAAAAAUCUGAUUCCACGAUGCCAUCAUAAAUUUUAUGAAGACCUGUAAAUGAAAUCAAUCUUAAUGAAAUGAGUUAAAAUACAAAUUUAGUAUGCCUAUUACGAUAUUAAGUUUUGUUGUAUGCUAAUUCAUUAGGUACAUAUUAUUUGAAUGGAAUAUUAAAUAGAUGUUUAUUUUAUAAUGUUUUUUUUAUUAUACAGUCCAUCUUUCAUUUAUUUGAAAAUUUUUGAGUUGUCCAAUUCCUUAGGCAUAUUUGAAAGAAAUUAUAAUUAGGAAGAAUCUCUUAGGUUCAUAAGGAUUUUUUUAUUUGAAAAAAAUGAUAAUU